UGGUUGAUCCCCAAAUCACUCCAGCCGCCCCCCUGGCUGGCUCUGCCUCUGGCUCCGGUUCUUGCCGCUCGCGAUCCCCAAAGCGCGGCAAUCCGCCGCACGCGCGCGCGCGCGCUCGCACUCCCUCCGCCCCGCCGCGCCGUCCCUCCUGACGCGGCGUCUCGCCGCCGCCGCCGCCGCCGCCAGGUUGGUGGUCGUCGCUUCAGGUUCGCGGAAGCCAGCGCGUGGGCAAGCGUCCUGGCCUCCAGGGACGAGCCAGGGUUCGCCGGGAAGGAGGACGGUGAGUUCAUUCCCCAUCGGAUUUUCCAGCCAUGGCGCUCGACCCCGCCGACGAUCCGCUGCUCGCCGAUUGCAAGUACAAGUUGAAUCACUUUAGAAUAAAAGAGCUAAAGGAUGUCCUGCAUCAGCUUGGACUUCCAAAGCAAGGAAGGAAACAGGAACUUGUGGACAAAAUUAUAGCAGUAUUGUCUGAUCAACAAGAACAAGACUCCAGAUUGAAUGGCUUGCCAAACAAAAAGAUGGUUGGGAAAGAAACUGUGGCUAAAAUAGUUGAUGACACUUUUGCAAAAAUGAAUGGCUCCACAAAUGCUGUUCCAGCCUCUAGAAAUCAGACUGACUCGGGGCACAUUGUAAAGCCUAAAAGGAAGUCAGAUGAUUCUGCUCAGUUGGAUGUCAAAGUCCGUUGUCCCUGUGGUUAUUCCAUGGCCAAUGAUUCCAUGAUUAAGUGUGAAGGUCCACAAUGCAAUACACAGCAACAUGUAGGCUGCGUUAUCAUAUCUGAGAAGCCUGCAGACAGUGUUCCUCCAGAAUUACCACCACACUUUUAUUGUGAUAUGUGCCGAAUCACUCGAGCUGACCCUUUCUGGGUUACUGUUAAUCAUCCUGUACUUCCAGUCUCAAUAACUCCCUGUAAAGUAGCAUCUGAUGGGUCAUAUGCUGUACAGUAUUUCGAGAAGACCUUUCCGCUAUCAAGAGCUAAUUGGGAGAUGCUUCAGAAAGAUGAAUAUGACCUCCAGGUUUGGUGUAUCCUAUUCAAUGAUAGCGUACCUUUCAGGAUGCAGUGGCCUUUACAUUCUGAUAUUCAAAUUAAUGGUAUUCCUAUUAGGGUUGUCAACAGGCAACCCACACAACAGUUAGGGGUGAAUGGUAGAGACGAUGGUCCAGUUUUAACAGCAUAUGUGAGAGAAGGGUCUAAUAAGAUUGUCCUAUCUAGAAGUGACUCUCGCACAUUCUGUUUGGGAGUCAGGAUUGCCAAGAGGAGAUCUGUAGAACAGGUCCUAUCUUUGGUGCCAAAGGAACAAGAUGGUGAGAACUUUGAUAAUGCCCUUGCUCGUGUGCGUCGCUGUGUUGGUGGUGGAACCGAGGCAGAUAAUGCUGACAGUGACAGUGAUAUUGAAGUUGUAGCUGAUUCUGUCUCUGUGAAUCUCCGAUGCCCUAUGACUGGUUCAAGGAUCAAGAUAGCUGGCCGGUUCAAACCCUGCGUUCACAUGGGUUGUUUUGAUUUAGAAGCUUUUGUGGAACUUAAUCAACGUUCAAGAAAGUGGCAGUGCCCAAUUUGCCUGAAAAACUACUCUUUGGACAACAUAAUCAUUGAUCCUUACUUCAACCGCAUAACUGCUUUGGUCCAAAGUUGUGGAGAUGAUGUAUCUGAAAUUGAUGUCAAGCCUGACGGUUCCUGGAGAGUCAAGGGUGGAGCAGAACUGAAGGGUCUUGCACAGUGGCAUUUACCUGAUGGCACUCUCUGUAUGCCUACAGAUACAAGGUCCAAGCCCAACAUAAGAAUUGUAAAGCAAGAGAUUAAAGAAGAACCGUUGUCUGAAGAAACAGGUGGCCGUCUUAAGUUGGGAAUCAGAAGAAACAACAAUGGCCAGUGGGAAAUUAACAAGAGAUUGGAUUCUAACAAUGGUCAGAAUGGAUAUAUUGAAGAUGAAAACUGUGUUGUUUCAGCAAGCAACACUGAUGAUGAGAACAGCAAAAAUGGAAUCUAUAAUCCAGAACCAGGGCAAUUCGAUCAACUAACCAGCAAUAUCUAUGAUCUUGAUUCUUCUCCUAUGGAUGCACAUUUUCCUCCAGCACCAACAGAGCAGGAUGUAAUAGUUCUGAGUGACUCAGAUGAUGAUAAUGUUAUGGUGUUAUCACCUGGUGAUGUUAAUUUCAGUUCAGCACAUGACAAUGGGAAUGCAUUCCCACCCAACCCACCUGAAGCUUCAGGAAUUUGUGGGGAACAACCUAGAGGAGCCGGCCCAGAUGUGACUUCAUUUCUUGACGGUUUCGAUGAUCUGGAACUGCCAUUUUGGGAAUCUUCGAGCUCUCAAGAUGCUGCAGGCACACAGGUGACAGACAAUCAAUGCGAAAUGCAAAAUUUCAUUGUCAACCAUCAAUUUUUGCACGAGCCAAUUUUAGGGGUUAACUUGGGUGGAACAGCAGCAUCAAACACACUGGAAUGUGAGCAUGAUGGUGCGUUACAAGCUUGUCAGUCGAGUGAUCAAGAUGGUGAUCAGAAUCAAACAUGCCAUGAUGGGCACUCCGGGGAUUUGACAAAUCUUAGUAUCAUUAGCACUCAAGAUAGUUUAACUAAUGGCAAAAAUGCUUCUCAGAAAAGGACAAACUGUGAAGAUGGCACGGCAGGUUUAGACGGCUCAGUUGUCAGGAGCGCGAAUGGCUUGAGAGGAGAGAUGCCACCACUUGGGCAGGAGCAGGAUCGUACAGUUAGACAAAAGUUGAUAUUAACAAUCGAGUCAGACUCUGAUUAGCAGCUGAUGCUAUUUGAUGUAUGGUCCCUGCUAUAGUGCUAUGCCCCCCAGAUGCAUGCACCAUCACCAUCACUUAUUUUUUGGCUGUGCACUAAGAAGGGCAUCACUUCUUUUUUGGUUGUGCCCUAGUUGAGAAGGGAUAGAUGUUGGAGCUAUGGUGGAUGGAUUGAUGUUUGGCGGCAAGAAGCUGGGUCGGUUAUCCUUGCUUCUACUAAGGUGGUAUUGAUUGAUACAGUUAGGUAGGGUAGGUCCAUUGUGUAGGCAGCAAUUUUGUAGCUAGCUUGCAUAUACAUCACAAUGGAAUUGCAGUGACAGAAGUUAGCUGAUGUAAAUAUCAUAUGAUGCUUUUCUGUUGCCUGGUGUACAUAUUAUAUGAUGUUUUUUUUUUCUGUUGGUUGGUUACAUAUAGAGAGUUACUCCCCCUGGUGAUGUGUACUUGACGUUGGUAGUGUUAUUUCUUAUUAGUAACGUCAAAUAAACAUGACUCGGAGGGAAUACUAUUUGUUUUUCUCAAAUUUGUUGAA